AUGGACGCCAUAAGUACGGAUGAAGUAGAAUAUAAUGCAAUGCUGACAUCAUUAGAAGAAGUUCCAGAGGUGUUAGUUGAAGACAUGGAGGUUGCUUCCAAUGUUAUUAUUGACAGUGGUUUAGAAGAUACUAAUUUCAGUAUCACGUCCACAGAUCUUGCCAACUCGUAUAAUACUUACCCGUUAACUCUGACCUCGGGUACCUUGCAAACCGCUCUUAAGCCUACUCUUAGUUAUAAUGUUCAUGUUAACUUUCCGGUUGGAUAUAAUAUAUUACAUACUUACGCAAAGUUAGUACGCUUUAAGAUUAUCAUGCUAAACUGUAUCAAGAAUGCAUUACCAUACAUAAAAUUGAAGCAUGUUCCACUCGACACCCAUUCAGUGGAGGUAGAGACAGAUAAAAAGAAAAUCGCAUUGGCAAAUUUAAAUAAAUGCCACGAAGCGUUAGAUUUGGAGACUUCAAUAACAACGGCAAUGCUUUCAUCUUGUUUUAAAGCGAGCAACGCGAUAAUAAAAGCAGAGGACACUUGCUUGACAAUGGCAGCAUCUGGUUAUUAUGAUGAUGUGUUUUAUUGCUCUGUUUUGCAAAUAGAAGUACCAGCUCGAAGAGUUUAUGUGUGCCGCCUUUUUGAAUCUGGUGGAUUUCAAGGGUAUUUUCAUAACGAAGGGCAGUGUUUUAUUCAGCAACGCUUAGGUUUAACGAAUGACCUGUUACCCUACCAUGUCUAUACAAUGGAUGAUGUCAACAUGGAAAAAAUCAGAUCUAGAAAAUUAUACCAAACAAUGCGCAAUUCUGAAAAUUGCAACGAAAAAAAGAAGAAUGUAACUUCAAGGAAUAUAAAAGGCAACAAAAAUAGUUUUUACAAUACUAUGAGCUCGAUUAUGCCAACCAUACAGUCAGAAAAAGUGAAAUGUCUAUUUGUUUUUGGUAUUACGUUGCACAACAGCCAAAAGUUUGAGGCAAAUGAAAAUAAAAUUGAGAAUCGUCACGUUAUAUGCGAUAAUAAAGAAAUUUGUUCAACACUCCAACCUCAAAUUGUCAAAUAUCGUUCCAAGUCAACAUUUUCACAAAGCAUACGGAGAUGUCUCCUUCAGCAAUAUCCCUCUGUGAUUUCUCUGAACGAUCAGUUUUCUAUUAUUUCAUCUUUAUCAAACCACCAUCGGUGGGACUGGCCUGCUAGUUCCUCACAAUUGAAGUAUGAACAACGGUUUUCCACAUCUAUGAAGUACUAUCCCGGGUCACCAAGAAACCGGAUCAUACAAGCAUGGUGUUACAGAAAUGACCCAGGAAAUAUAAUUGACGCGUGCCUGAACAAUUUGUUCGGUUCCAAAUGCGAAAUUCCGUAUUCAAAAAAGAGGUCUGGAGAACCUUAUCGGAAACGAUAUCCUGUUGCAGUAAGGUCAAAACAAGCGGCAACUAUAACACCAGCCAUUUAUCCAAACUUGGCAGAUGAUUACGGAACAAAUCUUUAUAAAUAUUUCUGUGGUGAAUUAUUCCGUCAUAACCGUCUUCACUGGAGAUUAAGAAACGAAAAUAAACAAGUUGUUGCUAUGGGUGGUUACAACAGCUACAGUGGAGACUUUAUGGUAACCUUUUCUUUCUCUUAACGUUCAAAUUAAUUUCAAUUUGUUUAAAUUUAGCUGUUUUCAACUCUCUAUGUAAUCGCUAUGUACAUUUUUUCAGCUUCUUACAAUCAUUACAUAACUAUAUACGCCAGACAUAGACGGACGGUAACAACAGACACGGUUACGAGCUAUUAAUUUUUUUCCUACUUUUAUUUAUACUGAUUUUUUGCCUUAAAAUGUUCUCCACCUAUAAAUAACAUUUUAAUGUCCGUUAUAUUUCUCGAAUUUUUAGAAUUAUGAAUACGUUCAUGUUACUGCGGUAAAAACGGAAACGACACCGAUAAACGACAACGUUAAAAAUUGAGAAAAAAGUAAAAAAAAAAAUCCUUCAAAGUUUAAGCUUGACUUUAGAAAGUAAACAUUUUUUGUCAGAAUUAUUUUGAAUCUAUGGACAUUCGGCAUUUUACACACAUCUUUUCUUCGUAGUGGGAAG